AUGCCAUUUGUGCAGACUAAGCCCGGCCAGUACGACCGGCCAUUGGAUGACCUGGAAAUCUUCCAUCGAACUAUCGGCGCCACGGGUGCCAGUUUCCGAAAGGAACAUUAUUUCACCAUUAGUACUCUUAAGCUUCGAAAUAAGCCCGAGAUACCCGAUUUGAAACAAGCGUGGAAGGCUCUGCGGCACCUCCAUCCACGACUCGCAACCGUUAUCGACGAGACAGGUACUCUAUGCAGAUAUACAGUGCCUACUCCAGAAGAUAUUGAUCAAUGGCUCGAGGAGACUUUUAUCGUCCACCCAGAAGGUGAAUACAAUAUCACUUCCGCUGAGAAAUUGGCUCUCAGUCUUCCUCCCUCUCCGUUUUUCAAACUUCAUUGGGUACCCGCAUCGCGAGAGCUUAUCUUCCGGACACCGCAUUGGCGCACAGAUGGAGCGGGUUUGAUGAUGUUGCAAGAUGCUUUCCUGAAACUUUUGUCCUCACCAGCCGAAGAAAUCAGUUUUGAUGGAUCUGAAAUCUCGCGCCUUCCGCCGACAAUGAAUGAGCUACUUUGUUCUGGUUUUGAGGCUACAGAAGAGACUAAAAAGGCGUUUGAUGCCGAGUGGCAAGCGGUUUUUGAUCCCAGCCUGAAGCCACUGAGUUGGGUCAAACACGCUUUGCCUGGCACAAUCCCAGGAUCGACAGUUCGGCUCAGCCACAAAUUCUCUAAAGAUGAGACUAAGCAGCUUAUCACUGAGAUCAAGAAACGCGGGAUUACCGUUACGAAUGGUAUGGCGAGUGCUUUCAUGGUUACAGCAGCCAAUCAUGCGACCCCCGCAGAUGGCCGCUUUAUUCUAUUGAACCCUUUCAAUGUGCGGAGAUAUCUCCCAGUCCCUUGGAAUGGCACAGCGGGUGCAGGUGCUACGUACCAUACAGGUCGGCUGCAGAGUUUCAACCUAGAAGAUGGGAAGGAUUACGAGUCUGCUUGUCGGGCCGUGACCGAAUUCUAUGAUCGGGGCAUUAAAAAUGCAUUCAGCUUUAUGCCGUUGCUUAUCCAAGCUGCUACUUCUUUGGUGGACACUCCCGCUGAGGUUGCCAAUUCAGGAUAUGGGUCAGCAUCUGUAGAUCUGAGCCAGCUUGGCCUCGUUGACGAUUUACUUCAGACGCGUUACGAAGGGACAAGAUAUACGCUCGAGAUUGAGGACUGGUGGACGGGAGUUGAAUUUGUGACCAAGAAACUACAAGGAUAUACAUGGACUCGUGAUGGUCAGCUACACCUCACUCUUCAUUUCAAUGAAGCAUUCUACCCAUCCGAGGCUAUUGAGAAAUUCCUUGAAGAGUGGAGGUCAAUUGUUGUCAAGGAAUUUCUUCAUCAAUGAGUAUCACGGUCAAUACUUGAAUACUGCAUGUGGAGGGAUAUUUGAAAGCUCUGCCAAGUUUAUGCUGUUUCACAGGUGUAUCUUAGCACAUGAUUUUCUAGUCAUAAAGAGGAAUUGAAUAGGCAACAAACUGAUGGCUAAGAAAC